CUGCCUGGAAGUGUCAGGAAUGCCGUACAAAAUUACCGUGAUUUUACUCAAAAACUAAAGGAUAAUUAAGGUUUUAAAAAACAACAAAUAACGGAGUGUCCCUUAACUCCUACGAUGAAGAGCUUCUAAAAGCAAAUACGAGCUAUGGCAACAAAAGACGUCUAUUGUUUCACUGUUUAAUUAAAUAUUUUUGGCGUGUGUCAUUUGUGUUAAGUUGUUUGAGUAUUGUGAAAGUUGUUUUUAAAAGCACAAGUUAAAACGUUUUGUAUAUUUCUGUUAAACAGUUUUAAAAAUACUUCCAGUACAGAUCUUACGACGUUAAAUAUCAAUUAUAUUUAACCCUUCACGUUAUACUUGGUUUGGAAAAGUAAAUUCAUUGUUUAACAGAACAAAAAGCCAUAUAUUGCAUUUGCUUCAAAUAAAGACUGUCUGAUAAUAAGUGUAGCGUUGCAGAAAGAAACAUAACACGGAACAAUUUCGGUCUGGAAAAUACUCGAUUGAUUGUGCUAAGUAAAAUGGCUUUAUCAAAAGUUGAGCUUGCUGCAAUGUUGGAAUGCAAGAUUUGUUUGGACACCUAUCAUCAGCCUAAACAACUGAACUGCGGACAUACUUAUUGUCAAGCUUGUCUAGAUAGUAUUUUAGUGUUUAUGGAAGAUGGUAGUGCUGAACUGCCUUGUCCAGUAAGAUGUACUGAAAAGACAACAAUAACUCACGAACAAGCAACAUCCUCAUUAAUGAAAGUGUUUGCAUUAACUGUCAUUUUGGACAAAGUGUCACCUGGUGAAAAUGUUAAAUCUUUAUGUCAGCAAAGUAAACAAUGUAAGCAGAUAAUCAGCCAUUCCUGUGCAACAUGCAGUUUAAAGAUCUGUGAAAAAUGUCAAAACCUCCAUUCUUGUUCCAAAAAAUCAUAUAUCAAUGUCAUUUUCAGUCAAAAAUUGCAAGAACUCCAACCAUUUUGUAAGCAACAUGACUCGCUUGCAAAAUUUGCCUGUAUUGAUUGUGAAAAUUUGUUAACAUGUGUUUAUUGCAAACACCGACAACAUAAGAAUCACAGAAUUAAAUCGAUAGAUGAUUUUGGCCUGGAAGCCAAAAAGUGGUUUCAGACAUUUAUUACAUCAUUCGAUGAAACAAAAGUGGUGUUGGAAAAGUUAACAAGAAAAUACAGUGACGCUCUAACAAAUUUGGAGAAAGAAAGGGGAGUAUUUGUUCAAAAAUUAAAAGAAAGAAAGUUAAAACGACUAGAAGAAUAUCUCAAAAUACUAAACAAAGAAGAAGAAGAUCUAUUGCGGAUAUUCGAUGAGAAAUCUGAAGAAUUUAAAGCAAAAUUGACUUGUGAUGGUUUUGUCGACAAUAAGAAAGUACAAGAAUUUGCAGAUUACGUUCAAGCUUUUAAUUUAAAAUCUCAUUUUGAGUUAGUUACUGAAAAGUUGGAAAUUGAACAACAACUUCGCAGGCUAUCCUCGUUUCCAAGAACUAUCCCAACAUUCAAUUCACAUCUUCAUCAAAUGAACAAAGCAGAUAUUUUGUCAAAUCUAUUGGGAGAAAUAAAUAUUUCAAUAGAUGACGUCACCACUGUUGGUGUAGAUCCCAAUGAAUGUUCUGUUUAUAGAAACUUGAUUGAUGAAGAUGAAACCCAACCAAACUAUUCCCAAUUAACAACUGAUCUAAUGAACUUAGUUGAAAGAUUGAAAAAGUACGAGAAACCAAUUGUAAAUCCUUCUUCUGGAAAACAACAACAGAAUGAUGUAAAGCCAAAAAGUUUCCAGCUUGUUAAGAAGAGUUACUCUUUUAAAGAGUACGAGAAACCAAUUGUAAAUCCCCGCUCUGGAAAACAACAGCAGAAUGAUGCAAAGUCAAAACAUUUCCAGCUUGCUAAGAAGAGUUACUCUUUCGAAGAACUUAAUAAAAUCAUUAAAAAUGGUGAUGUCAAGACAUUUCAAACAAUUCUUAUUGAUCAUCCAAGUAUCGUUAAAAUGAGAGGUUUUUAUGAAAGAACACUGUUGAUGGAAGCAGCAUGGUACAAUAAACCAUCAAUAGUGAAAUGCUUGAUUGAUGCUGGUAGCGAUGUGAAUGCUGUGGAUGAAGAUAAAUGGAAUGCAUAUCACUACAGUGCAAGUGGUGGUCGUCAUGAUGUUUUGAAAGUUUUAAUUAAUCAUGACGUCACAAACAUUAACAACGUGAACACUGACAAUGAAACACCAUUAUAUUUUGCAUCUCGUAAUGGUCACACUGAUUGUGUAAAGUUGUUGUUGUCGAUACCACAUAUCGAUAUCAAUGUACGAAACAAAUGGUACCAAACUGCUUAUGGUGUUGCUCGUAAUAACUCUAUCAAACGUUUAUUACAAGAACAUUAGAAAAAUUAAGAACAUUUUCAGACAAUUAUAUUUUUUAAUUUACGUAAGCAAAUUAUUAAAAGCA